GAACUGGCGGAACACCCGUUUUCAAGGCACCCUGCCCGUGGCCCUCUCCGCUCGCAUCCCGCUCGAGAUCUUCAUACUCAUCAUCGACACGAUCAUGUAUCAGCCCACACUGGCCGCCGCGGCGCUGGUUUGUACGACUUGGUAUCCUCGAGCGAUGCGCAACCUCUACUACAGUCUCGAGAUUCGCAGCCGCACAAGCCUCAACAUGCUGUUCAAACAGUGUCGUGCGUCACCACGCGUCAAGCAGUGGCUUGCGAGCACAUACAAGCUGGUGGCAGACGAGGCUUACUACGACUCGGACUCGGACUCGAGUGAGGACGAAGACGGGAGCAUGGAAUCCCCGCAGCGCGGAAACAAGAGCAAUAGCUACAAUCACUCCCCUCAGACACUUCCGUCCGCGCUAGCUGGUCUGAUGCCUCGUCUACGCAGUCUUUACGUCGGGGAGGGAGGACUUCGUUUCAUCUGCACGGAUUUCUUCCUCGCCCUAUCGAAGUACAAGUCUGUCAAGUCGUUGACGCUCCAAAGUUGUGAACUGAACAAUGUCCGACAGCUGCGACGGAUUGUCUGUGCCUUCCCCCAGCUCACAGACCUCACGAUAGAUGUUGAGCUCGCUCAGCGAGGUGCUGCCAGUCACGCGGGAGCCUCACUAUCUCAGUUACCACCUCACAUGCGUCUUCGAUACCUUGACGUCGUCGUGCACGAAGAACUCAUGGCGAUGUCCGUUGACUGGAUGGCGCACUCAAACCUCUGCACCUCACUUGCGGAUCUGACAUUCUGGUCCAACCAUCCCCCCAUGGCACGGACCUGCCUUAACAACCUCCUCGAAACGGCAGGGGCAUCGUUGACCCGUUUCUGCGAGAGGUACUCUAACAAUGAUGACCGUGUCCACGGUAAUCUGUCGCAAAACGCCGCCUGCGAUCCUUGGACUUCAUGCUACAUCACAUCAAACACGAGGCCGAAGACCAGCGGCCUGGCGCGGCGUGGACUAAAGCAACGGACGAGUUGCACGGCAUCUUCUGCACCAUUCGAAGCCGCCAGCUCGAGCACAUUGAGGUCCGCGUCGAGGUUCACUUCGACGACAGCACUCUCGCGUCUCAGCAGCCCCGGUUGUCCUCGAGAGCUUGACCUACGGGACCUGCACGAGGUCAUGAGGCAGCCAUACUUUGACACAUUGAGGAGUGUCGAGGUGAAGAUGUACCUUUGCCCUCAUAUCCUUCAGGCCAGCAUCAGCCAGAAGCUCAAGCCCAUGUUCCAUGGCAUAUUACAACCAUGGUCUGCCCUGGCAUAG